GCUUUUGAUUUGAAUGACUCGAGGUGCCAAAACGUUUUUUUGUGUUUUUUUCUUCUUCGUUUCCCCUACUGAAAAAUUAGAGAAAGAAGUUUAACAAAACCCUUCUCUUCUUCAACAGCAGUUUAACAAAAUCCAAAUCUAAAUCUAAAAUCACAUCUAAAAUCAAAACCAAAUCCAAAACCAAACCCACAGUUUAACAAAAUGAAAAUGAAAAUGAAAAUCAAAUCUAAAAUCAAAACAAAAUCAAAUACCAAACCCACAGAUUAUUUUUUUAUUUUAUUUUUUAUACUUUUUUUUCCCUAUUGGAUCUCUGAAACAGAGGCAAAGAAGAGAGAAGAGAAAGCAUAGAAGAGAGAGGAAGAGAAAUAGAAAGAGAGAGAAGAGAGAGGAAGUUCUUUUGUGGUCCCAAUUUCUCUUCAGAUCUUGAGUUUCUUCUCAUUUCCAUUACUUUCUUGUCCCAAUUUCACUUUUUGCAUUCUAUUCAUGUAUGUAUGAGUACAGUUGAAUGAAACAGAGGAGAUGAGGGAGAAGAGGAGAGGAGAGGAAACAUAGACAGAGAUAGACAGGAGAGAAGAGAAGAGGAAACUGAUAGAGAGGUAUUUUCGGGCCAUUCGAGCUCAUUUCUUUCGAGCUACGAAUCAUUUUUGUUAAGUUUAAUCUGUCUCGGCAACAUUAGUUUCCAGCUCAAAAGUCAAUCAUUGUCAAUAAAUUACUCCAUUCACAUAGAGAUUCCUUGUGUGGGAACCCCUUUUAAGAUCUUUUUGUUCUUCCCCAAUAUCUUCUCAUCUUUGUAAGCUAACAAUCAUUGAAACAGACAUUCAAUUUAUAUUUAUUUGGCUAAGAAUCUUUAAUUCAUUUUCUUCUAAAACUUUGGGAGUCAACGGUUCUGCACAUACCAUGGGGCUAUCCUGGUAAAGAGUAUGCUCAUCUCCUUACUGAGCAGGAUUCAAAUCUCUUACUAUUAUUCAAGUGAAAGUCCGUCGAUUUAGGUGGAUCGGCUAGCUUCCUCCAAUUUAGCUUAUAAAGGUGGAUUCUAAAAGAUCCUGUCUUAUGGGUGUUCUGGGUAUCAAAAAAGAAGUUCCACACACACCCACCCUUGCAAAAAUUAAGCCCAUCUCUGUUGACUGCUCUUGAUAAGCAUAAAUGGACUUUUCUAUUGUGUUUGGUUGGAGGGUUUAGAGAGGGAUUUGGAAAGAGAAAUGGAAAAGGUAGGUGAAAUGUGAAUAAAACAUGCCUAUAUUUCAUCUAGUUUCCCAUACCUUUUCCCUUUCCCUUUCCAAAUUCCUCUUCAAAUCCCCCAACCAAACACAGCAUUCAUGUGUUGGGAAUUUCGUACAGCAUUCAUCUGUGUAGUAGUUUCAAUUUUGAAGGUAACCACUGCCAGAUAUUUGGGUUUAUGUUUCUUUCUUCUUCUCAAUAGUCUUUCUUCUUUUUUUUUCAAGUAAAUGACAUUUCAAAACAUAUGUUACAAUAAAGUCAUUUGCCUCUCAGUAUUAAGAUUAUUAUUAUUGUUCUGAAGAAGAAGUCAUGACUAUUGCUGAAACAAGUGGAUCUCCGACUAGGCUUCAGGGGAAGUAUGGUGCAAUGGUAGUAUGUUGGAUUCUAGGACUUGGAUCUCUUGUCUCUUGGAACAGCAUGUUGACAAUAGGAGAUUACUACUAUAACCUGUUCCCGAAAUAUCACCCUUCAAGGGUACUAACCCUUGUCUAUCAACCGUUUGCACUUGGAACAAUGGCAAUACUUGCAUAUAAUGAGUCAAAGAUUGACACAAGGCGGCGCAACUUGACUGGAUACAUCCUGUUCUUCAUUAGUACUUUCGCUCUCUUAGUUUUGGAUUUAGCGACAUCAGGGAAGGGAGGAAUCGGAAAUUAUAUUGGCAUAUGCAUCAUUGUUGCUGCUUUCGGAGUUGCAGAUGCCCAUGUUGAAGGUGGAAUGGUUGGAGACCUAUCCUUUAUGUGCCCCGAGUUCAUCCAAUCUUUCCUAGCUGGUUUGGCUGCAUCAGGGGCUCUCACCUCUGCUUUGCGGCUAAUCACAAAAGCAGCCUUUGAAAAUUUGAAUAAUGGCCUUCGCAAGGGAACUAUGCUGUUUCUAGCAAUCUCGACAUUCUUUGAGUUUCUAUGCAUAUUUCUGUAUGCAUUCGUCUUCCCAAAACUACCAAUUGUGAAAUACUACCGCUUGAAGGCAGCCUCGGAAGGAUCAAAAACUGUUUCAGCAGAUCUUGCUGCUGCUGGCAUCCAAACAGAAGUAACCCAAGGAGCUGAAGACGAUGAUAAGCAACAGAGGUUAAGCAACAAGCAAUUGUUCACUCAGAACAUAGAUUAUGCAUUGGGCUUGUAUUUGAUAUAUGUCCUGACAUUAUCAAUUUUUCCCGGGUUCUUAUACGAGAACACUGGAUCACACCACAAGUUAGGCUCAUGGUAUCCACUUGUGCUGAUAGCAAUGUACAACUUGUUCGAUCUGAUAUCAAGAUACAUUCCUCUCGUAAAAUGCCUUAAGAUAAAAUCUCGAAAGGGCCUUAUGAUUGCUAUAUUGUCUCGUUUCUUGCUCAUCCCUGCAUUCUACUUCACUGCAAAGUAUGGUGAUCAAGGAUGGAUGAUAAUGCUCACAUCUUUCUUGGGACUAACAAAUGGUUAUCUCACUGUUUGUGUCCUCACAGAAGCUCCAAAAAGUUAUAAGGGUCCUGAACAAAAUGCAUUGGGUAAUUUGCUAGUGUUAUUUCUUCUAGCCGGCAUAUUUUCAGGGGUUGCUCUUGAUUGGUUGUGGCUUAUUGGUAGUAAACAACAGUUCUAAAAGGUCAAGGCGGCGAAUUACCUCUUGAUCUUGAUGAAGAAAGAGAGUUCAUCAUACUUGAUGAUCAUUACUGAGAUUUUUCAAAUUGGAUAUGGAAGAGGAGCAUGAACCGUCAAGUGUGAUCAUCAUCAUUUUAUUGUCAAGAAAAUCCAUUCCUUCAACAGUGAAUAUUGGUGCUUUAGAAUUUCACAGUUUGAUGUUUGUUUUCACUUCUUUGUAAUGUAUUGAAAAUUUCUGUUUCUAGGGUCACGGUGAAUAAUAAAGAUCAAGAAUUUGAAGUGGUGAUUAUACGUGUGUAUGUUUCAA